GGGCGGGGCGCGCGGGGGGCGGGGCCGCGGCGCCGGGCGGGCUGACAGGCGGCGAGCGCGGCGGCGGCGGCGGCGGGCUGUGGCGCAGCGCGGGGAGCGCGGCCCCUUUCCCCUCCCUUCCGCCGCUCGCUUCCCUCCUCGUCCGCGCGCGGCGGCGGCGGCAGCCCGUGACUGCGCGGCGGGGGGGGCCGGGUGUCGCCGCGCGGAGCCCGCCGGAGGGGGGUGGGGGGAGGGCGGGCCGGGGCGGAGGUGCGGGGGGGGCGCGGGGAUGAGAUAAGCGCGGCGGCGGUGGGGGGGCGGCGGCGGGUCGGUGCCUGGCGCUGCCGGGGGGUAUGUAGGGAGCGGGGCCGCGCCGCGCCGGGGGGACGCGCUCGGGGAAGGCCCCGCGGGGCGGCCCAGGUGGAUGCGGGGGGCGGCGUGAGGCGGCGGCGGGCGGAGGAAGAAGCGCGGAGCGGCGCGGGCACUUCCCCCGCCCCGGGGAGCGGCAGCGGCUCCUGCGGGGCGUUUUUCGGGCCGCAGGGGGCCGCGCUGCGCAGGGGGGGCGCGUUGUUUCGGGGGCCGCCGUCCCCCCCCUUCCCCCCCUGCUCCGCGGAGACUCGGCGCCUGGAGGCAGCAGCAGCAGCAGCGGCGCUACCGGAGGGGCCUCAGCGCCCCCCCCUUCCCCCCCCCCCCCGUGGCUUCGUUCCUGGAGGACUUUUUUUCUCCCCCUUUUUUUUUUUAAUGCAAGUCUGCGUGUUGAUUUUUUUUAAACAAACAAACAAACAAACCCGCGCACACGAGCCUGCCUCUGGGAGGGAAACAGCCAGGUGAAAUCUCACUCGGUUUCCAUGGACAACCCGUCCAUUAUCACCCAGGUGACUAACCCCAAAGAGGAGGAGAUCCUGUCCUGCACUCAGGAUAAAGUGUCCCAAUGUAAUAUCAGCUUGAAGAAGCAGAGGAGUCGAAGUAUCUUUAGCACCUUAUUCUGCUGCUUUCGUGACUACAAUGUCGACCCACCAUCUACCAACAGCACCAGUGCUCUUCCUCCUUUGGUGGAGGAGAAUGGAGGACUUCAGAAGGGUGACCAGAUGCAGGUCAUGCCUAUACCAAGUCCACCAGCUAAAUACCUCCUGCCAGAACUGACAGCAUCAGACUAUGGGAAGAAGUGUGUGGUCAUUGAUUUAGAUGAAACUUUAGUGCACAGUUCAUUUAAGCCAAUUAGCAACGCUGAUUUCAUUGUUCCUGUUGAAAUUGAUGGAACCAUACAUCAGGUUUAUGUAUUGAAACGACCACAUGUGGAUGAGUUUCUGCAGAGGAUGGGAGAACUCUUUGAAUGUGUCCUCUUCACAGCCAGUCUAGCCAAGUAUGCAGACCCAGUAGCAGACUUACUGGAUCGCUGGGGUGUGUUCAGGGCAAGGCUCUUUAGAGAAUCCUGUGUUUUCCACCGAGGAAAUUAUGUGAAGGAUCUGAGUCGACUGGGACGUGAGCUGAGCAAAGUUAUUAUAGUAGAUAAUUCUCCUGCAUCUUACAUCUUCCAUCCUGAAAAUGCAGUGCCUGUGCAGUCCUGGUUUGAUGACAUGACAGACACGGAGCUGCUAGAUCUUAUUCCUUUCUUUGAAGGACUAAGCAAAGAGGAAGAAGUUUACAGUAUGCUUCAUAAACUCUGCAACAGGUAGCCCUUAACCUUGACUGACUUCUGCUACUAGAUUGCAGUUGCUAGAGGCUGUCUCCGUCUUUUUCAGCUCUUUCAAGCGUAAGCUUUGGGGAGGUCACUCCUAUCAGAAGUGCUACUCUUGAUCUUCCUGUUACAUUGUACACGAAGGACAAUCACGAGUGAUGCUGUUAAGCCUUCAGAAGCCUGACUCCUAAGGUCAUGUGUUCAGACUACUUUUUUAAGGAGAAAAAAAAAAAAAAAAGAAGCUAUUUUAAAUGGGACUCUUUUAAUGAAUUUCAUAAAUGGACACCUUUUACUGGAUCAGCUUUUCUUAAAACAUGCCAAAAAAGAAGCUUGUAUUUCAGCAGUUAAUUUCUCUCCCUUUCUUCCCCUCCCACUAUGCAGACAAUUUUACCCCCUCCUGCUUAGAGCAGUUGACCUGACUCUGAAUUUUUUCUUACAGAAUGAAGUGCCUUUUUGAAUGUUAUUUUAAGAUAAAAAUUCAUUUUUGUAUAAGACGUAUUUCCAGACAUCUUUUAGUCUUGUAUUGUCUAAAUGCUUUAAAAGGAAAAAGGAAAAAUUUUAUAGAACACUGUAAUAUAUAACAAAGGAAAAAGUUGAAACAAAGAUGCUGGGUUCUUGUCUCCACAUUGACAUUAAGUUGUAUUACAUUUUGUCAUGCUCAGAAGGUUUAAGAGUUUGUAGGAGGGGCGAUUUGCAUUGUAUGUUUGUUUCACUGAUCUGAUUUUGGACAUAGUUUUGAACAUAUCUGCAGUUGUUUGAGUAUUAGGGCAUGAUGGAAUUGAGAAAAUAGGGUGGCAAAUAGAUCUAAAGCACCUUUUAUUCUAGACAGAUGAAGUUCUAUUGUCUCUGCUUACGCACAACUGCCAUGCCAUAUCGUUAUUUGGAAAAUGAUUAUCUGGGGAGAGUGGGGAGGAUAUCUAUUUAUUAGUUUAAAAUUCUUUUCUUACAAAAAAAAACCCCAUCUGGGUAAGCUGGAUCUGUAUUGAGCUGUUUGGAGUACUUUUUUCUUUUAAUUGCUGCUACCGUAUACUCACCAAAUGGAGUUGACCAUCGGCUGUUAUACUGUUUUUGCCACUGUGCCUGUGCUAUGAAACAUUUUCUGUAAGCUGCAAACUUGGGCAAUAAAUAAAAUGCAGGCUUCAUAACCCACCCUUAUGUAUUAAUCCGAUGGUACCUGAUAUACCACAGAACUCAGUUAAAGGUGACCUGCAAAGGAAGUUUUUAUUGUUGUAUUUUUUUUUCAAUUGGGAUAAAGCCUUCUCCUUUCUUUUGCAUGUAAAAUGCAAAAAGUGUUUUUCCACCUUCUCUGUUUUUUUUCUUUUUCCUAAGGUGUGAGGUGCAGACUGGGAGCUGUAUCAACUCUUGCUAAAAGGGCAGGAAUUUUCUCUAAAGUGAUCCUUUGUUUUUGGAGUUGAAUAGAUGUCUCUGCUUCUGAGAGGUUUAAAAUUCUAACUGAAACCUUUUCUCAGUCUGCUUAGCAUUUGCUCUUUUGUGGUGUCAUUGGUACCCUAGUGUAACUUUUAACUAUUUUAAGCAUUUUGAAGAAAAAGGCACACAUUCUUUUUUUCUCCUUUCCAGUGUCACCUUUUAAUUUUUUUUUUUUUUUUUUUUGCACCAGAAAUCUACAAAUGUAAAAAUUACAGCUGCAUUUGGCUAUCUUCAAAGAAAGUUAAACGGAGCAAUCAGUGCUUCUAACUGGCCUGUUAAAUUCUGAAUAGCUGAUCCCCUUUGCCUUUUUUCUUGAAAAAGUCUUGACGACUUGGAGAAAAAAAACAAAACGCAAUUUGUGAUGGACUUGGGGUGUAACCCUUGUCUAAAACAUUGGUGAAGCAGCUUAACAAAUUCAUUCAUAGAAGGGCAGGCCAGCCUACGCGGGCAGCGAGUAGGUUGUCGUAGGUGCAGUAUAAAGCAGAACGAUGACUUGCCCCCUUGCAGGGCAGCUUUGCACCAAGUGCUUGCUGGGUCUCGUGGCGAGGGGGGUGUUGCAGGCAGUUCCAUGACACUCAUGAGUCUGUACAGCAUCGCCAUCGUGUUUUCUUACCAGUUGGCAUUACCUUAGUACUGUAUAUUUCUGUGCCACGACAGAAGAUAGAACUGACAAAUAAAUAAUAAACCCUACAUUGUUUAGAAAAAGAGAAAAAAGGACAUAUGGAUUCUGGUUAGUCCAUCAACAUUUAGGUUCAGUUUAAGAUUCUUUGAUUUUGUUUUUGUUCAGAGCAAUGAAACUAUAAGCUGCCAAAAAGUUGUUCUCUGAGCAGUAUUUUCAACUGUAUUUGUUGCUUCUAGGCCUCAAAUACAGUUUGCAGGGAAGUAUUCAGGUUGUAGUUAGCUGUGCAGGUAUGAUAGGAAUGACUGAAAAAAUUCAAAGAUUUUUCUCACUAGCAUUAGACCAAACAAUAUUUCAAUUAGACAAUAAAUAACCCCAUUGAGACGUUACCAUUUCAUGGUUGUGACCUGUUGUAUGUGAGACAAACCAUGUCAUUAGUUUGCAUUUAUGAAAGCAGUGAUUUCAUGAACCAGUUGCCUUAAGUCUGUGAAUGAAUGUUGAUUAUUAAAGUGUCUUGUAUUGUUUUACAAUUCACAUAUAAUGGACAACUGAACUUCUGUUCCAACAUCUGGAAGAACUGUUUUGGUGACACUCUGUACAACCAUACUUGUGCUGUAUUGGUUUGGCUCUUGAAAUAUUCCAAAUUCCAGUAAAGGCUUGUUUUUUCACUGAUUAAAGCAUUAAAAUGAUACUUGGUGACAACACAGGGGUCAAACUUAGCAACAGUUGUGUUUCGUGCUAAUAUUUUAAGAGUAUUUUCUAUAGUUUCUGUUGUAGAUUUCUAACCAUGUUAAUUCUCACUGCAGAAUGAGACACUUUUUUUUUUUUUAAACCUGAUUCCCAUGGAUGUAAAACUGGGAGCGUUCUUCUAAGGUCAAGUUUUGGCUUUCCUUAGUAUCCCUAAUUUGGGCAGGGGAUCAAACUAUCAUACUAUGUUUAUUUUGGCUCUAUUUGUCAUAUCUAAAAUUUCAAGUUUCAAGCUUGCUUGGUUAUACAUACAGUAUAUAUUUAAAAUACCUAGAUUUUAACAAAGCAAUAUAGUUCUAACAAUAAAGCCAGAUAAAUGAGUGGAAUGUUUGUAAAAUUUACAAUACGGGUAUUUGAUUGUAUUUUAAGUACAAGAUUUUGAAAAUCAAAAUAGGAAAAAAUAUUACUUCCUAAAUCUCUUACAUAUUUUAAAGUGCAGUUAAUGCAUGCAGGUCACCAGGGCUGUUAUAAACCUUGGUUUUCAGAUACAUUUCUGGAUAUUAUCAUAGAAGUAUUAAGUCUUUUCCAGUUGAUAAUUCUGUGCAGCUAAAGAAAUGCUGCCUGACCUGAAGUUCUGUUGUCUGUUUUAUGUUGGGUUAAAAAAGGUUUUUUGCCUGUAUAGGUAUUUUUUAAAUUAAGCUGUAAGGCAGAAUGCCUUAGAUUCUUGAAAUUCAACUGAAGUGUUAUGAUUAAAUUGCCAUUUGUAAACUAGGGCUGUGCGCAAAAUACUUGUUAAACACCAGGAAGUGUGGCAAGUUUUGAAUGGAAGAUCUUAGCAAAUGUACAAUAUUGCUGUGUUCAUCUAGGUAGCUUUGGAAGAAUAAUUUGUCUAUUGUUUUGCCCUUUAAUGUUUUUUAAACAGCAAAGUUAUACAUCGAAGAAACUCAACACCUGAAGAGGUUUGGUUAUCAGUGUGUGCAAUCACUUUAUCACAGCAUGAUUUUGAUUAGAGUGGUCGGGGACAAUAAAGUAUCUAAAUGACACUGGUGUGUACUGAUAUUGCAGCUUUUGAAAUUUCAGUGUAAAAAAUCUGUAGCUAUAUAAUUUACAAACACAUAAUCCUAUGUUUUACGGAUUCUUUUUACUAAUAAAACACAGUACCGCACAGCCCUAUUUGUAAAACAAGAACAAGUUUGUGCCUCUGAUUUCCAAGGUGCUGUGAUGUAUGCCUUUGUGUGGCAAGGAGGGCAGGUGAGACUUGCGCGGGGGAAUUGCUUAAAAAUCUCUGGGCUAACUAUGCAAAACCAGCUGUCGGUCUUCUGUUUCACAUGAUAUUGUAAAAAUCCAGCUGACUUUCUUUUUUUCUUUCUUUCUUGUUAAAGAUCUGUUGGGAACUUCUUAAUGGAGGAGUAAGCAAUGGAUAUGUUUCUUGUUUUUUGUUUUGUUUUUUUCCUCUAAUAAUGGAGCUGUUUACACUUUAAUGCAAUGAACAAUCCAGCGAUACUUGAGAAACACUACAGAUACCAUAUGAGUGUUUUCAGGAGAGAGAAGUGUUGUCAAUCAGGUAUUGAAUGGUUUCUUUACUGUCACGAAUAAAAAUUUUUAACAAUAUA